CGCCUGUAGGGCUGGUUACGCCGAGGGAAGCCGCGACUCUAGUCGCUUCUCGGAGUCAGUCCCUCCGCCGGUUCCCGGCCCAGCCGAUCCCUGUUCUCCGUUGCCCGCGGUUCGCCGCCCCGCUAGCCGCCGCGAUGCCGGUGUUUCACACGCGCACGAUUGAGAGCAUCUUGGAGCCGGUGGCACAGCAGAUCUCGCACCUGGUGAUUAUGCACGAGGAGGGCGAGGUGGACGGCAAAGCCAUUCCUGACCUCACCGCGCCCGUGGCUGCCGUGCAAGCGGCAGUCAGCAACCUCGUCCGGGUUGGGAAAGAGACUGUUCAAACCACUGAGGAUCAGAUUUUGAAGAGAGAUAUGCCACCAGCAUUUAUUAAGGUUGAAAACGCUUGCACCAAGCUGGUCCAGGCAGCCCAGAUGCUUCAGACGGACCCAUACUCAGUGCCUGCUCGAGAUUAUCUGAUCGAUGGCUCCAGGGGCAUCCUCUCCGGCACAUCAGACCUGCUCCUGACCUUCGACGAGGCGGAGGUUCGUAAAAUUAUUAGAGUUUGCAAAGGAAUUCUGGAGUAUCUUACAGUGGCAGAGGUAGUGGAGACCAUGGAAGAUUUGGUCACUUACACAAAGAAUCUUGGGCCAGGAAUGACGAAGAUGGCCAAGAUGAUUGACGAGCGACAGCAGGAAUUGACUCACCAGGAGCACCGAGUAAUGUUGGUGAACUCCAUGAACACCGUCAAGGAGUUGCUUCCAGUUCUUAUCUCAGCGAUGAAGAUUUUUGUAACAACUAAAAACUCUAAAAACCAAGGAAUAGAAGAAGCUUUGAAAAAUCGCAAUUUUACUGUGGAAAAGAUGAGUGCUGAAAUUAAUGAGAUCAUUCGUGUCUUACAACUCACAUCUUGGGAUGAGGAUGCCUGGGCCAGCAAGGACACUGAAGCCAUGAAGAGAGCGCUUGCCUCCAUAGACUCCAAACUGAACCAGGCCAAAGGUUGGCUUCGUGACCCCAGUGCCUCCCCAGGGGACGCCGGUGAGCAGGCCAUCAGGCAGAUCUUAGAUGAAGCUGGAAAAGUUGGUGAGCUCUGUGCAGGCAAGGAACGCAGGGAGAUCCUGGGAACAUGCAAAAUGCUAGGGCAGAUGACUGAUCAGGUGGCUGACCUCCGAGCCAGAGGACAAGGAGCCUCUCCGGUGGCGAUGCAGAAAGCCCAGCAGGUGUCCCAAGGUCUGGACGUGCUCACGGCAAAAGUGGAAAAUGCAGCUCGCAAGCUGGAAGCCAUGACAAACUCAAAGCAGAGCAUUGCAAAGAAGAUCGAUGCUGCUCAGAAUUGGCUUGCAGAUCCAAAUGGGGGACCGGAAGGAGAAGAACAGAUUCGAGGUGCUUUGGCUGAAGCUCGGAGAAUAGCAGAGUUGUGUGAUGAUCCUAAAGAGAGAGAUGACAUCCUGCGUUCCCUUGGAGAAAUAUCUGCUCUGACUUCUAAAUUGGCAGAUCUGCGAAGACAGGGGAAAGGAGAUUCUCCAGAGGCCCGAUGUUGUCUUCCUGGUAUAGGUCAGGCUGCCAUCCGGGGACUUGUGGCCGAAGGGCAUCGCCUGGCCAAUGUCAUGAUGGGACCUUAUCGCCAAGAUCUUCUUGCUAAGUGUGACCGCGUGGAGCAGCUCACGGCACAGCUGGCCGACCUGGCUGCCCGAGGGGAAGGGGAGAGCCCUCAGGCGAGCGCCUUGGCAUCGCAGCUCCAAGACUCCUUAAAGGACUUGAAAGCCCGGAUGCAGGAGGCCAUGACUCAGGAGGUGUCAGAUGUUUUCAGUGAUACCACAACUCCCAUCAAGCUGUUGGCAGUGGCAGCCACGGCCCCUCCUGAUGCGCCCAAUAGGGAAGAGGUGUUUGAUGAAAGGGCAGCAAACUUUGAAAACCAUUCAGGAAGGCUGGGGGCCACGGCAGAGAAGGCGGCCGCAGUAGGAACUGCUAAUAAAUCCACCGUGGAAGGCAUUCAGGCGUCAGUGAAGACGGCCCGGGAACUUACCCCGCAGGUGGUUUCAGCUGCGCGCAUCUUACUUAGGAACCCCGGAAACCAAGCUGCUUAUGAACAUUUUGAAACCAUGAAGAAUCAAUGGAUUGAUAAUGUUGAAAAAAUGACAGGGCUGGUGGACGAAGCCAUUGAUACCAAGUCUCUGUUGGAUGCUUCCGAAGAAGCAAUUAAAAAAGACCUGGACAAGUGUAAGGUAGCCAUGGCCAACAUUCAGCCUCAGAUGCUGGUUGCUGGGGCAACCAGCAUUGCUCGUCGGGCCAACCGGAUCCUCCUGGUGGCUAAGAGGGAAGUGGAGAACUCUGAAGAUCCCAAGUUCCGUGAGGCUGUGAAAGCCGCCUCUGAUGAACUGAGCAAAACGAUCUCCCCAAUGGUGAUGGAUGCAAAGGCUGUGGCCGGAAACAUUUCUGACCCUGGCCUGCAAAAGAGCUUCCUGGACUCAGGAUACCGGAUCCUGGGAGCUGUGGCCAAGGUCAGAGAAGCCUUCCAACCUCAGGAGCCUGACUUCCCGCCUCCUCCACCAGACCUAGAACAGCUCCGUCUAACAGAUGAGCUUGCUCCUCCCAAACCACCUCUGCCUGAGGGUGAGGUCCCUCCACCCAGGCCUCCCCCUCCAGAAGAGAAGGAUGAAGAGUUCCCUGAGCAGAAAGCCGGGGAGGUGAUUAACCAGCCCAUGAUGAUGGCGGCCAGGCAGCUCCAUGACGAAGCUCGCAAAUGGUCCAGCAAGCCGGGUAUCCCAGCCGCUGAGGUGGGUGUAGGAGUUGUAGCUGAGGCAGAUGCGGCUGAUGCUGUUGGGUUCCCUGUCCCCUCUGACAUGGAAGACGAUUAUGAACCUGAGCUGCUGUUAAUGCCAUCCAAUCAGCCGGUCAACCAGCCCAUUCUGGCCGCGGCUCAGUCCUUGCAUCGGGAAGCUACCAAGUGGUCUAGUAAGGGCAAUGACAUCAUUGCAGCAGCCAAGCGCAUGGCUCUGCUGAUGGCUGAGAUGUCUCGGCUGGUGAGAGGCGGCAGCGGCACCAAGCGGGCACUCAUCCAGUGUGCCAAGGACAUCGCCAAGGCCUCAGAUGAAGUGACUCGGCUGGCCAAGGAGGUUGCCAAGCAGUGUACAGAUAAGCGGAUUAGAACCAACCUCUUGCAGGUGUGUGAGCGGAUCCCAACCAUAAGCACCCAGCUCAAGAUUCUGUCCACGGUGAAGGCCACUAUGCUGGGCCGGACCAACAUCAGUGACGAGGAGUCUGAGCAGGCCACAGAGAUGCUGGUUCACAAUGCCCAGAACCUCAUGCAGUCUGUGAAGGAAACUGUACGAGAGGCAGAAGCUGCUUCAAUCAAAAUCCGAACAGAUGCUGGAUUUACCCUGCGCUGGGUCAGAAAGACUCCCUGGUACCAGUAGGCACCGAGUGUACCUCCUGCUGGUACUGAAACCCCUACUGAAGUUCCAGGAAUGACCCAGAAAUGUUGGGGUUUGAAAGCUCCAUUCUGGCCUCACGUAUCAGGAAGGAAAGGGGGCCUCUUUAAAACAUUAUAUUCUUUUGUCAUGGACACUUUGAAAUGUAUCUUCAUAUAAACCCUGUAUUCUCGAACACAGUUAUACUCAUGCACUCUAUCCCAGUAGGAGGGCUGGGUCUCUAGCCAUGGACUUCACAUAAGCUCAGAAUCCAAGCGUGAACACUAGCCAGACACCAUGCUGCUCUGCCCAUUCCCUAGGGGACACUGCCCUCUUGCCCGCCCCCCCCCCCCCCGACCCAAGGGCCCAAGCAAGUCAGUUAGGAAAAUCACUGUGCCUCUACUAAAUGUUUGGGCUUUCCUUGUUGCUGCUGACCCUGCCCACCUCCCCUGGGCUGUUGUGCUACCUGGGCCCUUUUCAAAAGCUUUGCUGCUGCCGAAAAAGGUAGCCUUUGGGGAACCCCAGCCUCCCAGCCUGUUUCUUGCCCUUCCCAAUUUAGUCCUGGUGUCCAACGGAAUGAAACCGACUUUCCACUGUCAAGAGGAAAUCACUUGAUUCUGUCUUUAUGAUGACCCUGAGCAAUGUCUGUUAGGGAAGCCUCUUGUCCCAAGUCCUGCCUCAGCCUGCCAAGGUAACACCCCACAAACACACUGUGUGUCCUGGUGCUCUCUGCCACUGGAGGGGCAGAGUGGCUUAGGUGUGGCCCUGCCUAUCCUCCCAGCAGGGCCAUGCCCAGGCGGUCCAUGCUUUGUCACUGCCUGCAGAGAUCUGUGUGGAGGCCUUAUCAUUCAUUCUUAGCUCUUACUUGUUCUGAGCUGAAAUGCUGCAUUUAAUUUUUAACCAAAUCAUGUCUCCUGGCUUUUGUAUUCUCCUAUACCUUUCCUAAACAAGAUUUUAAAGAUAAGUAGGUGUGUGUUCGUAUGUAAUUUUUUGUUUUGAGAUGGGGUCUCCUCUGUUGCCCAGACUGAUCAUGAAUCAAGCGCUCAUCAUACCUCAGAUUCCCAGGAGCUGGGACUAAUAGGUGUGUACCACUGUGCCUGGCUUCAACUGUAAUUCUGAAAGAUCCUUUUCAUCUUAUGUUUUUGAAACUGAGUCCUAAGAAUUAUGCUUUCCACCUAAGAUUAUUUAAUGGGAAGGUCAUACUGUCUGAAGGAUACUUAAGAGACAGGAGUGACUGCAGACUAAAUUUGGGUGCUGCUGGGGAAGUCCUCCUCCUAAUUCCUACCUCUUUUCAACCAUACAUAAUCAGGCCCCUGUAACUCUCCUAAAUGUAACUGAUUAAGAGAGUAAUAAACAUAAUUUUUAAUCAUCACCACAGAAAGUUUCCUAUUGAGCAAAGUGAGAGAGAAGGCAACCUUUUCUAUUUUUGCACUUAACUGUUAUUUAAGCAUUGCCCAGUGUAUACAAUGGUUUCUUCAAAAACCCAGAACUAGAUGAGGAAAAAGGAGUAAGACCCCUUGUCUGAAUGUCCUUCCUUCUCAUCCCCAAUGUGUGUUAGAGAUCCCAACAUCAAAUAUAUAAACUUCUUGCAAGUUGGUCCUGUACACUCAGGCUUUCUGUAUUUCCUUUUAACUGAUGAAAGAUUAUUUUCAAGCCCACCUUAGCAUAUCUGUAUAGCUGCUUACCUGAUACAAAUGCAAUACUAAUGCCUUUAAUGAAUGAAUCUAUGCCAAAGAUCAGUUUUUGUUUUACUAAAGAUUACUUAGAGGAAAUAAGAAAAAUCAUAUUUGCUUUCAAAGUUCUUCCAGUGUUUUGAGACACUGGUUUAUACUUUAUGCCAGAUGUGCUUUUCUCUAAUAGCAAUGGAAGACACAGUAAAGUAAAAAAUAAA